UUGAGAGGGAAUCUGAUAGAUUCUGCUCUGAAUCAUCCUCACUUUUCACAUGGAUGCACUGGAGCCUACAGAGGAUGUGGAGACUGUCCCAACGUCCCAGAAAGUGUGUCCAAGCUGGGAAAGACCUUAACAAUCUCUGUGGUCCUACCAACCUGCACCCCGUGCUUCUGCCCCACGGUAUGGAGCCCAGCAACAGGACAGCCGUCUCUGAGUUUAUCUUGAAGGGAUUUUCUGGUUACCCGGCCCUGGAGCACCUACUCUUUCCUCUGUGUUCAUCCAUGUACCUGGUGACCCUGCUGGGGAACAGCGCCAUUGUGGCAGUGAGCACUCUGGAUGCCCGCCUACACACGCCCAUGUACUUUUUUCUGAGUAAUCUUUCCAUUUUGGACAUCUGCUACACAUCUACUUUCGUGCCCCUGAUGCUGGUCCACCUCCUGUCGUCCCGGAAGACCAUCUCCUUUACUGGCUGUGCCAUCCAGAUGUGCCUGAGCCUCUCCACAGGCUCCACGGAGUGCCUGCUGCUUGCCAUCAUGGCCUAUGACCGCUACCUGGCCAUCUGCCAGCCACUCAGGUACCCUGUGCUCAUGAGCCACAGGCUCUGCCUGGUGCUGGCAGGUGCCUCCUGGGCACUCUGCCUCCUCAAGUCCGUGACAGAAACCAUCAUCGCCAUGAGGCUGCCCUUCUGUGGCCACCACGUGAUCAGACACUUCACCUGCGAGAUCCUGGCUGUGCUGAAGCUGGCCUGUGGUGACACAUCGGUCAGCGAUGCCUUCCUGCUGGUGGGCGCCAUCCUCCUCCUGCCUGUACCCCUGACCCUCAUCUGCCUGUCCUACAUGCUGAUCCUGGCCACCAUCCUGAGGGUGCCCUCAGCUGCUGGGCGCCGCAAAGCUUUCUCCACCUGCUCAGCACACCUGGCUGUGGUCCUGCUUUUCUAUAGCACCAUCAUCUUCAUGUAUAUGAGACCCAAGAGCAAGGAGGCCCAUAUCUCCGACCAGGUCUUCACAGUCCUCUACGCUGUGGUGACCCCCAUGCUGAACCCCAUCAUCUACAGCCUGAGGAACAAGGAGGUGAAGGAGGCUGCCAGGAAAGCUUGGGGCAGUCGACGGGCCUGUAGGUGAAGGAGGGUGGGCUCUGCGUGGGCAGGGGUCUGGGCUUGAGUCAUCAUAUGCCAACACAGCCACAAGGCAGAGCAUAGAACCAUGGGGACCUCCACUCCACAGUCACAGCGCCAAGUCCCUCUAAUCCUGACCCAGAACCUUCUGCUCCGGCCCUGUCCUAGUGCCCAGCAUCUGCCCCUGGGCCUCCACAGUAGCCUCCGGGCUGAUCUUAAGACUUCAGCCUUGGCUAGGUACCAUGACUCCUAUUUAUAAUACCAGCAUU